UUCUCGCAUCGCUUCCUUCCAUCGUUAGCUCGCAAGCUGAUUGCAUAUAAGCGGCCAUCCACUGAGGAAAGCUCACGAUCGAAACAACUGAAAGAAAAGACACCUAUGUCAUGGAUGAAUCGAGUGAUCUCCAGUGGCGGCAGGGCUGGAUCGCCGUCGGGCUGCCGCCGGCGCCGGUGCUGGCCGUGUCGGCCAUCGUCACGUUCUUCCUCUACCUGACGUGGCAGAUGGACGAGUACGAGGAGCAGCUCCGGCGCCGCACGCGGGCCGGGCUGUGGGUGCUGCUGGUGCUCGGCGCGGCGGCGCUGGUCCUGCUCGGGAGCCACGCGCUGGUGGACGGCGGCGGGCGGGUCGCCGUGCCGGUGUCGUGGCGGUGGGGCCGGGCUGGUGGCAGCAGCGAGGACGGCGGCGGCGCCUCGCCGUGGGCCGUCGCGGCGGUGGUGGCGCUGCUGCUGGUGCUCGCCUCCCACAAGCCGUCGUUCCAGAUGUUCCGGCCGCCGUGGCACUACAAAUAGGCUUCAGAUAUCGAUCAGAUUGUCGUGCUGCUCUUCAACUUUCUGUACAUACGAGAAAAAGAAAAAAAAAAGGCAUAUGAAACGUGUUGCUCCUAUACGAGUGUUUAUAGGAUGAAAUGAAAGAUAGAGCCGGCAGUAUGCUUAUAGGAUUAUAUCCUAAUCCUAAUGUCUAAUGAUGUGAAAUUAGAGGGACUUGUGGGGAAGAGGAAAAGGGGAGCGUUACAGCUAUCGGGAUCGUCGAUGCUGUACUUUUUCAUUUCUGAAUGAUCCGUCUAGUAAUAUUUAAAGAGCUCUUUUAGGGUGCUCCACUUACCUCCUAGGAGGUAAGAUUGAUAUUAAAUCUGGAUCAUCCAUUGUUAAGAGUAAAACUGACAAA